UAUUCGCUCUCAUCAAAAAAUUGUAACAAUUUUUCUUUAAAAAACUAAAUUAGUGCCUCUAAAAAAUUAACGAAAAAAAAACAAAAAAAAAAAAAACAAAACUACAGCGAACAAAAAAAAUUGAGUCCGCGCUGAGUUUUAGAUGCUGUGAUAGCCGAAAGCCUAUUUUUUAUGUCGUGUCUGAUGUGUGUUUCCAAAGCCAUGGAUGGACGUUAUGUAAACUCAAGGCACAAUCCAAUAAAUCAGGUGUCAGAAUGUCACAAGCUCAAGGUUUUGAAGGAGGCGACUGCGAAUUCAGAAUUAAAAUUCGAAUAAUACUUAUAUACCAAAGAAGCCCAUGUCACCUUUUGCGAAAUUUCGCCAAUUAGACAGACAGAAUAGUGCACCUCUUUCGCCAAGUACUCCAAAAACGCCGGGGAAGGAAUUUCAAUUUAAAUUUACGGAUCCUGUUGUACAAAACAAUGCAGCUCAGAUAAAGGAACGUUUAUUGGCGUGGUGCCGUGCCAAAACCAAAGAAUACGAGAAUGUUCAGCUGGACAAUUUCUCGACAAGCUGGAGCAAUGGAUUAGCAUUCUGUGCUCUCAUUCAUCAUUUCAGGCCGCAAGCUUUUGAUUACCACAGUCUUCGUCCUGAAAAUCGGAGAAAAAAUUUCCAAUUGGCUUUCGAAAAAGCUGAUGAAAUCGCAGGAAUCGCGCCACUGUUGGACGUUGAGGACAUGGUGAUGAUGCGUCGUCCAGAUUGGAAAUGCGUUUUUACUUACGUCCAAUCGAUUUAUCGUCGUUUCAAGAACGAAGAUUAGGCGAUCGGCGCACGUUGUUUUUAUUAUUAUUGCACUCGUUUUUGUUAUUAUUAUUAUUAUUAUUAUUAUUAUUGGACUUCAGCGCAGUACGUCGUCAAGAAAAAUACGAACGAAGCUUAUAUUUUAUAUUUCUAGCGUGAAAUUGUACUGCAAAGAUAUAAUAUAUACAUAAUACAUAUAUGUUUAUAUAUUUACAAUGA